AUGUCUCACAAGAGAACCACCCUAACUGAAAUUCAAAAGCGAGAUCUUUGCGCUUACGCCCUCAAUAAUAAACUGACACGGGCUCAAUAUGUUAAUUGGAUUGAAGAACACACCGUUUCUCGUAUUUUAAAAACAGGAGAACAACGACUUAGUUCAGAACCAAUUAGCCCAGAUAUAAAACGACAUAAAUCCGUUACCUACCCUGAACUUGAGCUUGCGCUCAAGGAAUUUGUUUUAACCUAUCAAAAUAAAACGGUGUUAAGCGAUGCGAUCCUUAUUGAAAAAGCAAAAUUGCUUGCUGAAAGAUUGAAAAUUCCUCAAGGUGCGUUUCAAUUUUCCGCUGGGUGGCUUCAUAAAUUUAAGGAUCGUAAUGGUAUUCGCCAACGAAGAAUUGAAGGAGAGGCAGGAUCUGCUGAUGAAACUGCCAUUAAUAAUGCUUUACUCUUAAUAAAAAAUCGUUGCUCUGAAUAUCCUCUUGAAAGAAUCUACAAUAUGGAUGAAACCAGGCUUUUUUAUAGGUUGGAGCCAGAUCGAACACUUGCAACUAGACGUCUUUCUGGGCGUAAAAUGAAUAAAGAAUGUCUUUCAGUCGCAUUGUGUGUAAAUACUAAUGGCUCUCAUAAAUUAGACCCUCUUGUAAUCGGCAAAUAUCAAAGACCUCGCUGUUUUAAAAAUAUAAGAAUUCAAAAUAUGCCUAUGAAGUAUAGUAGCAAUGCGAAAGCUUGGAUGAUUUCGUCGCUUUUUCAAGAGUGGAUUCAAGAAUUUGAUCAUCAAGUUGGUCAAAUGCAUCAAGGCCAACGUGUAUUACUUCUUCUUGAUAACUGCCCCAGUCAUAUUUUAGCUGGACUUACUUUGCACUUAAUGCUGCAACACGUAGAAGAAGGCAACCGUGCUGAAGAUUUGCGCAUAAAUAUCUUGCAGGCAAUUAAUUUUAUUAUUCAAGCCUGGGAUGAGAUUAGUGCUGAAACUAUCCACAAUUGUUGGUGCUAUACAAAGAUUCUUCUAUAUGAUAUCAAUGCUGAAAGAAAUGCUUCAGCAAGCACUUUGGCAAAUACUUCGGCAAAUACUUACCAAAAAAAUUCAGCACAUGACGAUCUUGUAGACGCAUUGCAAGCUCUUAGACUUUCUUACCCAAUGAGAGUUGAAGAAUUUCUUAAUAUUCCUGAAGAAGAUGUAGUUUACGAAGCUCCAGAGGAUGAUCAAAUUAUUGACGAACUCGCAUAUCUUUUUAGGAAUGCUAAUGAAGAUAUAGAUUUAGAUGAAGCAGAUGAUAGCAAUGAAAGUCCUAUUAUUGGUGCCAGCACCGCUAUGUCCAGCUUGGAAACUGUUC